AUGGACACUGAGUGCAGUAACAAGGAGAUGUACCUAAUGAAGUGGCUGGUCCAUGUUAUUUGUGUAUGUGUUUUAUCCACAGGUCAGCUGCAUUCUUCUGAUGUGAGGAUUGUGCUGCUGGGUAAAACUGGAUCAGGAAAGAGUUCUACAGGAAACACCAUCCUCGGCAGUCAGGUGUUCAUAGAGGACGUCUCACCAGAAUCUGUCACAGCACAGUGCAAGAAACAUGUUGUUGAGAGAGAAGGAACACGUAUCUCAGUGAUCGACACUCCUGGGAUCUUUGACACCUCAAUGACUAAAGAAGAGUUGAAAGCUGAAAUAGAGAAAUGUAUCAGUAUGGAUGGUCCUGGACCCUGUUUCUUCCUUCUGGUCAUCAGUUUGGCCACUAGAUUCUCAGAGGAAGAGAGAAAUGCCAUGAAGUGGAUUCUGGAGAACUUUGGAGAAUAUACUUCAAUCUACUCCAUCGUUCUGUUCACCCAUGCUGAUCAACUGAAGGGUAAAAGAGUGGAGGAUUACAUUGCAGAAAGUAUAGAGCUUCGUAGAGUUAUAAACAGCUGUGGUGGGAGAUUUCAUGUAUUAAAUAAUGAGGACAGGGAAAAUAGCUCUCAGGUCACAGAGCUACUGGAGAAGAUUGAUCUGCUGGUAGAGAGGAACGGGGAACAUUUCUACAGCAAAGAUCUCUAUCAGCAGGCCCAGAAGGAUCUCAGAGAGAUGGAGGAGAGAAGGAGGAAAGAAGAAGAGGAAAAGUCUGGUAUCACUGGGUGGAUUAAAAGACUGAUGGAGAAUCCAAUGCAGUUUCUUGAAGAUAGAGUAUGUUCAGGUCUUGCUGGAGUCGGUUUAGGAACUGUAGCAGCAGGGUUAGGAGGUUUACUGUUAACAGGAACAGCAGGGUACAUCAUUUUUUUAGGGGCAUUAGUAACAUACGCUGUAAAAUCUUAUCAACGUAUGAGAAGACAGUGA